UCUUUUGGUUUCUUUAAUUUUGGUUUACGAAGUGUAGAGGGUUAACAAAGAGGAUUUUUUGUUUGUUAUUUUGGCCUUGUCUGCCCCUGACGCUAAGUCCCAACUUGUAAAUAAAUUAUUGUUUAUUCAACCUCUCUCUGGUUCAGACUCUCUUCCUUUUCCUGUUACGGCUGACCCCUAGCGGUCGUAACAGUGUUUUUUUUGUUUUUUUUUUCUCUUGUGAUUUCUUCUAGGUGAUGGCGUAAUGAACAACACCCGUAAUAGAUCAGGACGUACGAAUAAAAGUGCCUCUGAGACGUGGGUGGAGGCACGUGGGAAGUGACAUCAUCCCAUGCUGCCACUUGAUCGCACGUUGUUUAUGGAUCUGUCGUCAGUAAUUAAAUUGAUGUGUUAAUUUUAAAUGUAAACCCCCAAAAUUUAGAGGGGGUAAAGGUCAUAGAAGCAGUCCGACAACAAAUGAGCAGAGAAGGUAAAAGAAUGGAUAGCUUAUCAGUACGUCUAAAAUUGGAGGGAAAAGAAGUACCAGAUCGGAUUAAAUUGGGUUAUAUCAGUUACCCGAUAAGGCAGUAUAUAGCCCCUCCUUUGAGGUGUUAUAAUUGUCAACGUUAUGGACAUACUGCGUUAGUGUGUAAGUCUAAAAUGAGGUGUGCGCGUUGUGGAGGCGAGCAUGAAUUUGGGAAGUGUGGAGAGGGAGUUGGAUUGAAGUGUUGCAACUGUGGAGGUAAUCACAAUGCGGCAUAUGGAGGUUGUGAGGUGAGGAAAAAGGCAGUGGAAGUUCAACAGGAAAAGACAAAGAAUAAAGGGACAUAUGCUGAAGCUGUGAAAGCGGUAAAUAAUAGAUAUAGACAAAGUGGAACUGAGAGACUGGGGUAUGGGAAAAUAAAUGAAGAUACAGGAAGAAUGGAUGAAGCAUUACAGGUGGAGAUGGGGGAGAUGCCAAUUCACUUAAGAAGGAAGCAAUUGACACUGGCAUACUGGGUUAAUCUAAAAGGGCAGAAGGAUAGUCAUCCAACAAAAGGUAUACUUGAAACAUGUUGGGAACAUGGGAAAGGGAAAGUUAACAAUUUUGGUUGGAUCAUUAAGGAUUUAGUUCAGGAUAUGAAAUUAAAUGAGUACAGUGUUAUUCCAGCAUUAAUAUUACCAACAAUACCAUUAUGGAUAUUACCUCAACCCAAGGUAGAUUUAUUAUUAUUGGAAUCAAGGCAAGAUAAAAAUGGGAGGCAGUUGGAGGCAGAGAUGACAAAAGAGUAUAUUGGGAGUAAGUAUGAACAAUAUGCACAUGUUUUCACAGAUGCAUCUAAGGAUCCACAAAAGGAACGGGUGGGGGUAGCGUACAUCAUACCCAGAUUGAAAGUGGCGAGAGGGGAAAGAAUAUCAGAUCAUGUAUCUGUGUUUACAGGAGAGUUACUAGCAAUUAUGGUAGCAAUUAAUAAAAUAAAUGAAAUGGGUUUAAGUAAAACGUUAAUAUGCUCAGAUUCAAGUUCGUGGCUGGAAGCUCAGAAAUCAGAUACUAGACAAGAUAUUGUUUUGGAAAUCCUACAGAUAUUCAUCCCUCUCUGGAAUGAGAUGGACUUUGCCGUAGAUGGAGGAGCUGAACACGCAGCAACAUUGAAAGCACAAUUCCUGAUUGUUCUGGUAGUGGUGAUCUAG